AGUGAUGGACCAGAUCCUGGCGAUGGUGAGGACAGUGGGUGGAUCUUCACCAGUCCAGCAGAUGUUUCAGUCGCGUCUGGGUACCUCCACCACCACCACCACUACGACAGAAUCAACAACGGGAAAUACUGAACAAACGACACUGGUGGAGGUCAAGUCGGAAUUGUUGCACGAGUCAUCAAACUUGCUUUGCUCAUCGCUUGCAAAAGAAUUUCCCCAUUUGAGUACCUCAAGUGAAUCGACAAGUGAAGAUCAUUCAUCGUCAUUUGAUUAUUUGGAAUCAGAGCCAUUAGCAUCAGAUGGACGGCCCCAACAUUUGUCCUAUCGGCAAUUUAUUGUCGGUGAUCCACGCGAAAAGAAAUUGCAAGAGAAAAUCGAAUUCGUUAAAAUUGUGCACAAGCAUAAGAGCUCGUUGUUUGGAGAUUGCGAUGGACAUGAGAUCACCCCUCGAUCGAAAGAAGAUUCGUGGAAACGAGUAGCCGCGGAAGUUGAAUCUGCGAAUUUGGAGAGCUAUAAAGGAAAACCAUGGGCUCGGUUACGGGAUCACGACUGGCAAUAUGUUAGGAGACAUGCGUUGGCUCGAAGUGAGAACCUGACAAGACCCGGUGGAAAAUUGGGAGAACUCGACAAAAUCGUCCUGGAAAUAAUCUCAACGACAUCGCUGGCCAAUGCGUUCAAUCAAGCGACAAGCUCAUUCAUUUCUCAAGGAUCAACUGCAUCUCAUACAUCACAACAAUCAACUGAUAGUGUUGAUCUUCUAAGAUCAUUCAUUUUUCGAUCUGUUAAUCAGGAUAGUACGGAUACGCCGGAAAUAGCGUCAAGUUUCGAAUCAAAAGACGAGAUGUUCAUUCCAAAAACUGAAGAAAUUGCAAUAAAUACUCCUCUAUCGAUUCCAGUGCCAAUUACACCUGUCUCUACGACUACCGCUGAUAAUAUUCUGGAUUAUAUAAAAGCGACGCACGUAUCACCGAGUUUAUCUGUGGAUGCAGCUCUACAGCAGGCUCGGGCACUUACAAAGUCACCGAUAUCUAAAAAAAUAACUUCUCGAUCAGCCACAGCUCCAUCGGUUUACGCAAUUCCACACUCAUCUACUGCAUCACCUCCACAGAUUGCCAUCACUCAUCCAAUUCAGCCACCGGCGGCAAAACGGUCACGGAUUGAGUCAGAAAAAAGCCCCGGAGCAUCCUCAGUCACAUCGACAUUUGAACAGAAGAAAGAAGCUUUGUUGCUUCGAAAAAUGGAAGUUGAAAUUCGACAUACAGAAUUGCUCAAUGAAAAAUUGGAAUUAGAAAUCCGCUCCAUCGAAGUGCAAGAAAAGCGAAAUCAAGAGCUUCACGCGAUCGAACUUCGAGCUGCAAAAGCCCGAAUGCUCCGUGGAGCAGCAAUCGAUGAGCCAUCAAUAGACACAAAUCAGCGGGUGCUGGUUAGACAGCCAAACGGGUACAAUUUGGAGUGAUAUAUUCAAGAAGAUCACGAAAUUAGUUUGUCGUUUUUGGAUAGACUUUUUAUAUUUUUCACAGUGUUUACUUUUCCUCUCUGUUUUAUUUUCCCACUCAAACUUCUCAGACAAUUUCAAAUUCCGGACAACUUCUAAUUGUGAUAGCAAAAGAAUGAUCGAUGUGACCAAAUGUAAUUCAAUCGAUCUCUUCUUCCCCACCAUUUCCCCCCCCCCC